CUUAACUCACAUUAGUUGCGCGUGCGCCGCUGUAGAGGCGAGUUGUUUGUUAGUAUCCGAAAACAGUAUCCGAUAAUGUAAUUUUAUAAUAAAAUCCACAAAAAAAAAUAGAAUCUGGUUGGCGUGCUCGUGAACUAGAUCAUAAUGGAGUGCUACACAUCGGAUAGUUGCGAUAGUGACAGCAGGGAGCAGAAAACACUCGAUCUAUCAAAUCGUGCUUUGGAUUUCGAGACAAUAUCGUCUGAAAUGGAGAGCAUUAUCGAAGAAAAGGGUUGCGCGGCGAAGUACGAGAUCAUUUUGCUCUACAGCAAUCAAAUAGAGGCCUUGCCCAACUCCAUGAAUAGGUUUAUCAACCUGAAGAUAUUAGAUAUAAGCAACAACAGGCUGACCUCGCUGCCCGAUGUGCUCAAAAAUUGUCCACUUACAUCAUUGAUAGCCAAACACAAUUAUCUUACGAAUGAGUCGUUACCAAAGUGCUUCCAUACAUCAAAGAACACCCUACGAGAACUGAACUUAAGUGGCAAUAAAUUGAACUUAUUCCCAGAACAAGUAUUACAAUUAACGUCGCUGAAAUACCUCUACUUGGGUGGUAACAAUAUAGUCACUAUACCAAACGAUAUUUGGAAGUUGAAUAGCUUACAAAUAUUAUCGUUAGGAGGCAACCAAAUAACUGAGGUACCUGACUCUGUGGGAGGUCUUGUAUCUCUCCAGGCCUUAGUUCUAAGCAAUAACCAAAUAGAGCAACUACCCGCCAGCAUCGCAAACCUCAAGCAACUCAGGUCGCUUCUCAUCCACCAAAAUAGACUAAAGACUUUACCAACACAAAUAAUAAAGCUGAAAUGCCUAACAGAAUUGAGUCUCCGCGACAAUCCGCUCGUAGUGAGAUUCGUACGAGACAUGACACUGCAGCCCACUUCGUUGCUGGAGCUAGCCGGCAGAACGAUAAAGCUUCAUGAGAUACCAAUUCGCCAUGGCGAAGUGCCCGCUACAUUGAUAAAGUAUUUAACCACUGCCCAAUGUUGUGUUAAUCCGAAAUGCAAAGGUGUAUUUUUCGACAAUCGCGUGGAGCACAUAAAGUUUGUCGAUUUCUGCGGUAGAUAUCAGAUACCACUGCUGCAAUAUUUGUGUAGUUCUAAAUGCAUCACCGGCAGAUGGGAGAGCAGAGAAAUAGACAGCAACGCGCCAUCGCACAUGAUGAGAAAGGUUCUUUUGGGGUGAAAACUGUUGUUGUGCCUACCAAAUUUUAAAAUAGUAAAUCCAUUUAAUUACUUAGUGAUUUAACUUAUGCAUGUGCGCAGUUUGAAAUUAAACCAGAAAAUUGAGGUGCAAAUAAAGGUCAAAUUCAAUAGAUCGAGAGAACCUAUUGGAUGUGGUGAAAUUUUCCCACUACACUUUUAUUGGACUCAAUAAAUUUUACAGGAACUUAAGAGGCAAUAAAUAAAUUAGCAUCUAAAAUAAGCGCAAUUUAAACAGACACAGUUUUCUUGUAAGUUAUAAUAAUCUAACGCAACACAAUUUCACAUACCAAGACAUUUUUAUGGUGUUUAAACAUCAACUAAGUCAUUAUUUUUGGAAUAUUUUUACUUUGUGGUGAAGAAGAUCCUGAAGUCUAGCACUUGCUCUUGUAUCGAAAAAUGUAAUCCCUUCAGUAUGACAUACUGUUGGAGCUUCUAAUAUAUUUCUGUACGAUGGCAGUAAUGGAAGUAAGAAGUUGGAGUUUUUUGCAACACUUAUCUGCGUCUUCGCUCUUGAGUGUGCAGUAUCAUAAAUGUAAAAAACUGUAAAAUCUUACCAUGUUAACACUAUAUUCUUCCAUUCUUAUACCAACUACCUCAAUUUUUCUAUGAUGUUUGCUUGCGUCGUCUAACUAAUCGACCUCAAUGCUUGAAAGAGAGAAAUCCUAAUUUGAUCAAGUCCGGAAUUUAUGAUAAGUAUGUAGCUAUCUUUGCCAGGCAACCUUAGCAUAAUUGUUAGAAAAACAGAUAUUAACUAUUCCACGUUCAUUACACUAUAUUUCUCACGAUAUAUUUUUUCGAAAAAUGUAACUGCGCUAGUUACAGCAACAUAUUUAUUUAUUUGCAUUCAAAAUUUUUGUAGGCAAAUUAAUUGGUGCUGGCUCGUGUAAGAAGUCUCUGUUAUACUCAGGGACAUAAUAAAGCUUGAAAAAAUAAAUUUUAUAUUUGAAAGUUACGUUUCAUGUGUUUAAAGUUUCAAUUAAAAUUCCGUAUUAAAAUUUUAGAUUGGAAACACUGAACAUAGCUUAACAUUGAUGAAGAUGUCCUAAAAAAUUACCCCAAAGACUAUUAAAGUCUGCGAAAUUAAUAGGUAAUAGGCCUUUAGGAAUGGGAAGUUCUUUUAUUAAAUUUUGGCAUGAUACCAACCCGUUUGUUUAGUCCACCAGUGGGCCAGCGUGGUGGACUACAGCUUAAACCCUUCUCAUUAGUUUGAUAUGAUGAUGAUGAUGAUGACAGACCCGUAUGCACCUUAGCUGGUUACCACUGCCUUACUUCACUUGUCGCAUCAGGCAAUUUAUCUUGAGGCGCGAAUGUCCCGUGGCCAGCACAUUGUGCACUAUUAACACCUAUUUAGUAGUUAAGUCAAUCUUUAGAGUUAAAUUCAAAAUUCGAAAUUGAUUUAUUUCAAGUAGGCCUUUAAGCACUUUUGAAACGUCAAGUAUGUAUGUUUGUAGUGACCAUAUAAUAAAAUUAUAUUAUGACUAAAUCCUGCCUUUCCAUAAUAUGUAUUAUGUGGAUUAGUUAACUACAUUAGUAGAAUGCUGUUUUUGGUUACUAUAUGGUUGUUAGUUAUAGGGCUAUACUAAAAAAUACGUGUAGACGCUUACUAAAAGUUUAGACACUAUAUAGGUGAAAUCAGCCGUACUGGAAAUCAAGCUCAGGGUCUUCCCGAAAAAGAGGCUGAAGUCGCAACCGCUACAAUUAAACUAGCAUAAUACAUAGUGUUAAAUUUGGUAGACACAAUGACAUAACAUGCACCAUAAAAGUUAUAUUAUAUUUACUACAUAUAUUUAGUCUGUGCUUACAAUGUUUUUAUCAAUGAUUUUUUUUUGUUUAUAAUUUUAUAUAUUAAAAGCUAGCAGUUAAGUUAACCCCGCUAGUUAUUGUCAGUGUAAAACUAUACAGAUUUGGAUGCUCUUACUGUAAAAACUAACUUAAAACUUUUUCAUCCUUUUGUUGUUGUUUGUUCAGAUACAAACAACCAGAGGAAAUCUGAAUCUAAAUCUGAAUUUGAAUGUCACCCACCUUGUAAAGCUGUGUACUCUCCUACAAUCCACUUAGGGAUAGAUAUCCAACAUAAAAAGUAGCCUACAUUCCGAUAUAAAAUCCUGUACCUACUUGUGAAAAAUUUACCCAGCCGGUUACUAGAUAAGCUGGAACCUAUAGACUAAAAUAAAUAAUAUAUAAAAGUUGACUCUGCACUGUACUAAACAGUGCAGUGUCAACUUUCUUAUGCAUUUAGUAAAAACCUGUUUGAACAUCAAAGUUACAGAUAGGUACAAACAUUUUAUUUAUUUUUAUACAAAGAUUGUUCAGCAUAGUUGGAAAAAAGUUGUAUAUUUGGUUUAUUCAAGUCUAUAAUAAUUAUUUAUUUUGUAAAAUUUGUGACAACAGGGACCAAUAAAGUUAAAGAUGUAUGAAUUAUGUGAUAAAUAUAUUUUAUCAAUUGUUAUUGUUUAUAAAACAAAUUAUUAUCCUAUUCUAUCCAAAUGUUGAAGAUAUUUUAUUAAACAAAAUUGU